AUGUGGGGGACCAGUAGUGUCCGCCGCAUUGCAACGGUUGCCCGUCCAGGCCGCCCUGGCCCCUCCCCCUCCUCCUCCUCCUCCUGUUCUUCUCGCGCGCUUCAUCUUCUUCCCUCCUUCUCCUUCUCUUCCCGCCAUCCCCGUCGACUUCUCCCCCGUCCCGUCUCGGUCGCUCCCCAAGUUCAAUUCAAAACCCCCAUCAGAUAUUGCUCCGCUGAAGCUCGCAUCAUGACCUCUGACAGAGAGACUCUGCCUGACGUGGCCAAACCCGUCAAUUACCACGUCUCGCUCUUCGACCUGCAGCUCGGUGGCUCCUGGGGAUACAAGGGCCUGGUCAAGGUCGAUGCAAAGGUCGCCCGCCCCACCAACGAGAUUGUCCUGAACGCGAAGGAGUUGGAGGUACAGCAUGCGGAAGUUCUGAACAAGGAUGGUGCCCAGCUGGCCAAGGCAUCCGAUAUCUCCUACGACAAGAAAUCGGAACGGGUCACGUUCAAGUUCCCGCAGGAAAUUGCGCCCCAGGAUAUCGUGUUGUCUAUCAACUUCACCGGAAUCAUGAACGAUGCCAUGGCCGGUUUCUACCGCUCCAAGUAUAAGCCCGUAGGAGAGCCGGCCGCCGACACCCCCAAGGAGGGCGACUUCUCCUACAUGUUGAGCACCCAAUUCGAGUCAUGCGAUGCGCGGAGGGCUUUCCCCUGCUUCGAUGAGCCGAACUUGAAAGCAGCAUUCGAUUUCGAGAUCGAGGUGCCCAAGCAGCAGACUGCGCUCAGCAACAUGCCGAUCAAAUCGGAAAGAGACGGCAGCCACUCUGGGCUCAAAUUCGUCACCUUUGAGAAGACGCCCGUGAUGAGCACUUACCUCCUGGCAUGGGCAGUUGGCGAUUUUGAAUAUGUUGAGGCGAUGACCGAGCGUAAGUAUCAGGGCAAGAGCAUUCCAGUUCGCGUCUACACCACGCGGGGUCUCAAGGAGCAGGCUCGGUUUGCGCUGGAGUGUGCUCAUCGGACGGUCGACUACUUUUCCGAGGUCUUCGAGAUCGAGUACCCACUUCCCAAGGCGGAUCUCCUGGCGGUCCACGAAUUUGCGAUGGGUGCCAUGGAGAAUUGGGGACUUGUUACCUAUCGGACCACUGCCGUCCUCUUCGAUGAAGGAAAAUCUGAUAACCGGUAUAAAAAUCGCAUUGCUUAUGUUGUUGCACACGGUGAGACCCUCCCCGCCACGAUGACCGGACUGGAUCUGAUAUAUCGCAUCGUAGAACUGGCCCACCAGUGGUUUGGCAACCUCGUGACGAUGGAUUGGUGGAAUGAGCUCUGGCUCAACGAGGGUUUCGCAACCUGGGUCGGCUGGCUGGCUGUCGAUCACUUUUAUCCUGAAUGGAACGUUUGGUCUCAAUUUGUUGCUGAGGGUGUUCAACAAGCAUUCCAUCUCGACUCGCUGCGCGCUUCGCACCCUAUUGAGGUUCCGGUCCGAAAUGCUCUUGAAGUCGAUCAAAUCUUCGACCAUAUCAGCUACCUCAAGGGAAGCUCUGUGAUCCGCAUGCUGAGUGUUCAUCUCGGCCGCGAGACGUUCCUCCGCGGCGUGGCGACCUACCUUAAGGCACAUGCCUAUGGAAAUGCGACUACGAAUGACCUGUGGUCCGCUUUGAGCGAAGCCUCUGGCCAGGAUGUGCACACCUUCAUGGAUCCCUGGAUUCGGAAAAUUGGAUUCCCCGUUGUCACGGUAGCCGAAGAGCCUGGUCAAAUCAGCGUUCGCCAGAAUCGAUUCUUGUCCACCGGGGAUGCGAAAGCCGAGGAGGAUCAGACUACUUGGUGGAUCCCUCUCGGCCUCAAGUCUGGUCCCCAGCUGGCCAAUAUUGACACUCGCGCCCUCACAAACAAGUCUGAUACCAUUGGAGGCGUCGGCGAAGAUGCCUUCUACAAGAUCAACAAGGACCUGGCUGGGUUCUACCGGACCAACUACCCCCCGGCACGUCUGGCGAAGCUCGGCCAGUCUCUUGAUCUUCUGAGCACCGAAGACAAGAUUGGCUUGCUGGGCGAUGCUGCCGCGCUUGCGGUUUCCGGAGAAGGUACCACGCCGGCCUUGCUGGCUCUUCUGGAAGGAUUCAAGGGAGAGAAAGACUACCUUGUUUGGUCGCAAAUCUCCUCGUCGCUGGCCAACCUCCGCUCUGUCUUCUCCCAGAACGAACAAGCCGCCGAGGGCCUGAAAAAGUUUACGUUGAACCUUGCCUCCCCUGCGGCGGAGAAGAUUGGCUGGGAAUUUUCACCCAAUGAAGACUACCUCACUGUGCAGCUGCGGAAACUUCUGAUUGGGAUGGCUGGUAAUGCUGGCCAUGAAGGGAUCAUUGCGGAAGCCAAGCGACGCUUCGACCUGUGGGCCACGGGCAAAGACCAGGAUGCGGUGCACACCAACUUGCGGUCAGUCAUCUUCAGCCUCAAUGUAUCAGAGGGCGGCCGGAAGGAAUACGAGGCCGUCAAGGAAGAAUACCUCCGGACGGACUCGGUAGAUGGCAAGGAGAUUUGCCUGAGCGCGCUCGGUCGCACGAAGGAGCCGGCCCUGGUGCAGGACUACCUGGACUUUGUCUUUUCCGACAAGGUGGCUAUCCAGGACAUCCACAGCGGUGCCGUGUCUCUGGCGGCGAACUCCAAGAUGCGCCACCUGUUGUGGAAGUAUAUGAAGGACAACUGGGACACCGUGUCGACGCGACUGUCGGCCAGCAACGUGGUGAUUGAGCGCUUUGUGCGAAUGGGACUCACCAAGUUCGCGGAUCAUGCGACUGGCGAGGACAUUGCCUCGUUCUUCCAGAACAAGGACACGAGCGCAUAUCAGCGGGCGCUGGUGAUUGUUUCGGACAGCAUCCGGACCAACGCGUGCUACCAGGAGCGGGAUGCGGCGAAGGUGGUGGAGUGGCUGCAGGCGCAUCGGUAUGCGUGA